GUGUCCCUGCUACCGGUCUGCGCGCGCGUUCUUCCCUCCCACGCCCCGCGCCCGCGCCCCGUCCUAGCCCGGUCAUGCUGCCCCUCUGCCUCGUGGCCGCGCUGCUGCUGGCCGCCGGGCCCGGGCCGAGCCUGGCCGACGAAGCCAUCCACUGCCCGUCCUGCUCCGAGGAGAAGCUGGCGCGCUGCCGCCCCCCCGUGGGCUGCGAGGAGCUGGUGCGGGAGCCGGGCUGCGGCUGUUGCGCCACUUGCGCCCUGGGCAAGGGGAUGCCCUGCGGGGUGUAUACCCCCCGCUGCGGCUCGGGCCUGCGCUGCUACCCGCCCCGGGGGGUGGAGAAGCCUCUGCACACGCUGAUGCACGGGCAAGGCGUGUGCAUGGAGCUGGCGGAGAUCGAGGCCAUCCAGGAAAGCCUGCAGCCCUCUGACAAGGAUGAGGGGGACCACCCGAACAACAGCUUCAGUCCCUGCAGCGCGCAUGACCGCAGGUGCCUGCAGAAGCACUUAGCCAAAAUUCGAGACCGCAGCACCAGCGGGGGCAAGAUGAAAGUCAUCGGGGUGCCCCGGGAGGAAGCUCGGCCCGUGCCCCAAGGCUCCUGCCAGAGUGAGCUGCACCGGGCCCUGGAGCGGCUGGCCGCCUCGCAGAGCCGCACCCAUGAGGACCUCUACAUCAUCCCCAUUCCCAACUGCGACCGAAACGGCAACUUCCACCCCAAGCAGUGUCACCCGGCCUUAGAUGGGCAGCGUGGCAAGUGCUGGUGUGUGGACCGGAAGACAGGAGUGAAGCUUCCAGGGGGUCUGGAACCAAAAGGGGAGCUGGACUGCCACCAAUUGGCUGACAGCUUCCGCAAGUGAGCCCUGCCAGGAGGCAGGGGGCUCAGCAACCCCUGCCACCCCAUGCUCUAGAGGCUGCAGAGCUGACCUGGAGCUGGGAUCUGAGUCCUGGCUCUGUCUCUGGCCCAGAAAAUUCCCUUUGUGUGUGUAUGUGUGUGUGUGUGUGUGUGUGUGUGUGUGUGUGUGUGUAUGGGUGUGCCCUUGGGGUGAGCCAAAGCCUAGGGGUGUCCUCUCUGGGCUUAGAUAGCCUGAGAGGUCUGAGAAUGGCAAUGGGGAGCCCUGGUGUGUUUCCAGAUUGAUCCUGGAGUCAUUCAUUCAUUCAUUCAUUCAUUCAUUCUUCCAGCCACUCAUCUAAAAACAUUUAUUGACAACAUACUACAUGCCAGCUCUAGUUUUUAGCCCUGGGGGUUCUUUUUCUGGCUUUCUCUGAUUUGGGCAUGUGGGUCUACUUCCUCUAAGCUGAGCACAAGCUUGUGGGGGAAGAGGAGUCUCAUUUCUGGAAUCAGAGGAGGGAGGUAGACAUGUACCUUGAUCAUUGUACCUUGUACCAUUGUCCCUCCCCUCAAUCUAGUCAGAGGGUGGAGACUCUAGGGAAGGUAUGGGUUGGCAGGUGAUUCAAUGGUCAGAGGUCCCAGACCCACUCCCAAAGCUCAAACCUGCCAAGCUGGCCUUUUCUUCCUCAGUUCCCUACAGCGGGAAGGACAUAUAGAGACAAGCCCAACUGUGGGUCUGGUGUGCCAUCUACUUGGUUGCCUGGCAACCCAGACCCUGCUUGGGGGGAGGGAAGUGGGUCAGAAGAAGACAUGUGGGACAGAGGACUGGGGAGGUGGGGCCCAUCUCUGAACAGUCAGGGUGGGAGGAAAGAAUGUACAAUCGAACUGCGUGUGCCUGAUGGAGAAGAGACACACAUGCUGGGAGGAGAAGGAUUUGCCCGGGGUCCUGCUUCGUCCCUGGUUUUAGUCACAGCCACAGAAUCACCAGGAUGACUCUAUCCUUCUAGUGGCUCAGCGCCUGUGGCUUUGCCUCCUUCCCUAUACCUCCCUACCGUCUAGACACUUCUGGCUUGACUGGAUGGAAGGAGACUUAGGGACCUACCAGUUGACCAUGAUGUCUUGUCUUUUUUUUUUUUUUUUUAACAAAAUAGAACAAAA